AUGAAGGCCUUGCUAGGAGCGACUCUUCAACUGCUGAAGCCUCUUCACGUGCCCCCACCCCUCCUUCAGCUUAGCCCAGGUGGGGUGAGGCGAGGGCACUUCCCCAAGUUCCCCAAAUUUCUUCCUUUGAGCUGCAACCAUGGGCUGCCGGAUUCUCGCAUCUCCCACAAUUCUCUCUGCCUCCCUUGCUUCCUGAUUGGUUGCCCCCCUUAAAUGGCAAAGGGCUCUGAUGCCUCAAACGUCUUCCCUGCUGGUGGAAAACAGAGCAGGGAGAACUACACUGGCAGUAUAAGGUGUCCUCCUCCUCCUGUUUGGUGCAGAGGGGUGUUUCCUGAACCCUUGCUUUUGUGUGUGUGUGUGUGUGUGUGUGUGUGUGUGUGUGGCCCCCUCUGCACUAUGCAUUUAAAGCAGGAUCACACCACUUUAUAAACAGUCAUGGCUUCCCUCCCAAAGGAUCCUGGGAAACUAGUCUGUCAACGGCGCCAAGCCCUGUUAGCAGGCCUUCUUUCCCCUCACACAGUUAUUAGAGGGGUUUAGCGAUCGGUCCCUCUCCCCAGGGAACUCUGGGAAUUGUAGUCCUCUCAUGUGUCAUAGCAGCUCCUGGUACGCUUAACAAACUACGGCUCCCAGGAUUCCUUGGGGGAAGCCAAACUAGCUGCUUAAAGCGGUAUGGCACAAAUAUAAAAUGUAUAUAGUGCAGAUUGGGGGCCUGUGAGUGUGGGUCCGUCUGUGGGAGAAGAGGCGCUUGGCUCUUUCUGCGGUGCCCUCUUUAUUAGCUAACUGCUGCGCUCCGAGCAGCCAUUGCUGCUGCUGCUGCGCUCCCUUUCUAGGCUCUCUCCUGCACCAAGUUUAUAAGGCUUUUUCUUGCCGGUGCUGGCCACUGGAGGGUGGUGUUGGCCUACGCAGUCAUCUGUUUUAUUUUAGUAAAUAGAACAGUACUGGGUUAUUUCCCCCCCACCUUUGUCGUUGUUGAGCUGAACUCUUGUGGGUGAUGCCACAUAAUUUCAUCUCCAUGACUUCUGUUUUCCCCACAUGGCCUGUAGGUGGGGAGCUCUGUGCCCCAAAUCUUUGUACCCCAACUCUCCCUUUUCAUCCAUUACAGCCCUGCCUUAUCUUUCAUGUUGUGUGUCUUCAUUUUUUAAAGUGGGGGUGGGGGGCUGAUAUAAAUAGGUAUCUGUUUUGGGUUAGGCACCCUUUUAGAGGUUCCCCAGCACUCCCCGUUCCUUCUCUGCCUCCAGAUCUGAGGGGGGAGCCUGCACCCCACUAUCCGAAAUCCGCUUAAAAUGGUCUAUUCCUUCUUUUUGUCCCCAUCUGCGCUCGCCUUAUUCUCCUGAACCAUGGCUUAAGGAAAGGAAACAGGUGAGGGUUGGGGGUCUGAGGCCCAGCCAGGCCCCCUUCCUCUCCCUCUGCCUCGAAGGCCUGCUUUUCUGGCCUGGGAUGCUCUGAAUAGCAAAGGGCACCUGCCGAUUCUUCUCCCCCUGGUCUCCAUUUCACACCUGUGCUCUUUCUUUCUUUCUGUCUCUCUUUCUCUCAGCUCCUGCCGGUUCCAGGUCUCAGCCCAGAGGCUUUAGAUCCUCUCUUCCGUGGCUCAUUCCGUUUGUUUGA